GAGCCGCGCGGCGGGGGUGCGGUAGCAGCUGCAAUCUAGCCGAGUCCGGAGCCGCGAGCGGACUGACGCGACCCGGGCGGCCGCCCAGUGCGCGCACCAUGGCGAUGCAUUUUGUCUUCUCAGAUGAGGCUGUGCUUCUGUUUGAUUUCUGGAGAGUCCACAGUCCUACAGGCAUGGCCCUCUCAGUGCUGGUUGUCUUGCUCCUGGCUGUACUGUAUGAAGGCAUCAAGGUUGCCAAAGCCAAGUUGCUCCAGAAGACUCUGGAGAACCUGCCUAAUACCACUAGCCAGCAGCUCAUCCUGGAAUCAGACCAGGAUUCUACAGGCUCCAGAUCAACUCCAGCCAAUGGCCACCGCCUCAGGUGGUUUUUGUGUUACUUUGGCCAGUCCCUAGUCCAUGUCAUUCAGGUGGUCCUUGGCUACUUUGUGAUGCUGGCUAUAAUGUCCUACAACACCUGGAUUUUCCUCGGUGCGAUCGUGGGCUUGGGUGUGGGCUAUUACCUAGCCUACCCACUUCUCAGCAUGACUUAGUGGGCCAGUAGGUGCUGAGAUCUGGAGAGAGCUGGGGCCUCUGCUCCAGGCAUUGUGCUUCCAGCUGCUGUUUCUUAUGAUGGCCAUUGCUCACCUCUUUCCCAGUUCCUGGCAGCAUUGAACUGAAGCCAGCAAAUGGUCCCUGGAGCUACCUCCCCUCCCAACCUGGACUACAAAGGGCCCAGGCCUCCUGUGGUGCCUUAAGCAAGUGGCUGUGACCAAAGGGAACAUGGAGAGACUGGAACCUGGAGGCAGAGUAGCCAGGCUGUGAUCAUAGAUCUCAGAUUGCAAAUUAAAAUUUUCCAAAGAGCUUCAGUGAGGAAGGCCAUGGAACCUGGAUACCCUCUUCUGCUUUGUGCCUUAAUGCCAGGGGCAUCUCCAGUCUUGGGGGAUGGACCAUGCCAGCACCUUCUCACCAUUUUGCCUUGGAACACAUAAAGACUGCCAUUGACAAAACAAGUUUUCACUUUGAACUCCUCAUUGGCAAUUCUGCACAUCAAUACAAAAAAAAAAUGAACUCACUGUGUUCAUGAUGACAGCAGUGUCUGCUGAGACAUGUCUCCCUUUCUUAGGAGUCUGAUCUGAUUAGAGGCAGAGAGACAGGACUGUUAGCAAGGCUACAGACAUGUCCACUGUGCAGAUGAGCUCAUCUGGCAGCACUGCCCGCACCAGGUCAGUCUUGUGACCAGGGCCUUCCCCGGUCCUCUUGUGUGCAUCACAGAAAACAGCAUUUCCUAACAGAGCUGGCUGCCUCUUAUUACUUACUUGCUGCUAACACCUAAUGAGUCAGUCACUGAAGUACUGAUUCAGCAGAGUUAUGUUGCGGGAGGGGUGCUGACUGAGGUGCAAUAAGCAGUCAAACCAAAGCCAGGUAUUGUUAAGAGUUAAGUGAACUUCAGGUAUUUGAGCCUUUUCACUUACAGAAAAAAGUUAAGAGACAGAGAGUUUCAGGCUAGCCUGGGAUGCAUGGUGAAAGGUACACACAUACACACACAUGGCAGUCAUUGCUACAUGUAUAGCGUGUAUAUUCAAGUACCUUAUUGACUCAAUGAAAAGAUGGUUUUAAGCUUUGGGAAUUAUAAACAAAUACACUUUAAUAAAUUUCUAUUUUGAACAGUU